AUGGCUUCAAACGAAACAAUCCAAAAUCUUAUUAUUCAUUAUGAUCUUAGCCAACAUCCAGAAUACUCGGAAAUAUUCGGAGGUGUUUUUUCCUUCUUGGUCCCGAACGAGAAACAAGUAGUCUGUAUCUAUGGGCCUGAUGCACAAAGUAAUCGCGCCCAUCCAAACACUCGAGGAAUAAGUGAAUUCGUAAUAUUUCGAGCUUUUAUCUCCCAUGCGCUGGAAGCAAAUCAAGCGGCCUUAACUGACAUUGAAUUCAUCUCAAAAUUUACGUCCGAAUUAUGGCAAUCGAUGGAUCCCGCAUUACAACAGAUAUUCAAAAACUUUUCAGAGAGAUUAAAGAUGGACUUUAGAUAUCACACUUUUGUUCCCUAUGCUCUGAAUUUUGACAAGCCAAGCAGACCGUAUCUUUCUCCUAUGAAAUUGGUCUGGGAACCCAUAAUUACUCCCGAAACUUUUGAGAGGAGUCUUUAG